GUACGCACGCGCAUGAUUUGUGUUGUUGUUGGUGGCGGUAAGAUGGCGGCGCUCGGGGACGCAUCAACUCCGGGGGUGAAUGGGUUAAUACAACAGUUCACAUCUAUUACAGGUGCCACAGAGAGUGUGGGGAAGCAUAUGCUAGAAGCAUGCAACAACAAUCUAGAAAUGGCAGUGACCAUGUUCCUGGACGGAGGGGGGAUCGCAGAGGAGCCCAGCACCAGCUCCAGUUCAGCAGGGGCAUCCAGCAGCAAAGCUCCCCCCGCAGAUGAUGAAGUGCGGGCGCCCAUCCCUCAGAAGCAGGACAUACUGGUGGAGCCAGAGCCUAUGUUUGGAGCGCCAAAGCGUCGAAGACCUGCCCGCUCCAUAUUUGACGGUUUUAGGGACUUCCAAACAGAAACCAUCCGCCAGGAGCAGGAGCUGAGGAACGGUAGUGCGGCGGACAAAAAACUCAGCACCCUGGCGGAUCUGUUCCGGCCCCCCGUCGAGCUCAUGCACAAAGGCAGCUUUGAGACGGCGAAGGACUGUGGUCAGCUGGAGAACAAGUGGCUGAUGAUCAACAUCCAGAAUGUGCAGGACUUUGCCUGCCAGUGUCUCAACAGAGACGUGUGGAGCAACGACGCAGUCCGGACCAUCAUCAGGGAGCACUUCAUAUUCUGGCAGGUUUACCACGACAGUGAAGAGGGACAGAGGUAUAUCCAGUUCUACAAGCUCAACAAGUUUCCCUAUAUCUCCAUUUUGGACCCCCGGACUGGUCAGAAGAUGGUGGAGUGGAACCAGUUGGACGUGGCUUCGUUUCUUGAACAGGUGACGGGCUUCCUGACGGAACAUGGCCAGCUAGACGGCCCGGCAUCCAGCCACCCGCCACCUGCCAAACGCGCCCGCUCUGAGAGUCUGAUAGAUGCCAGUGAGGACAGCCAGUUGGAGGCAGCCAUCCGAGCCUCUCUCCAGGAGACCCAUUAUGAGUCGUCCUCUGCCCCUGACCUCCCUGACUCCCCCCACUCUGCAGAUGCAGACUCGGAUGGAGACUCCGAAGCAGAACCCUUCUCUGACAGCGAGGGCCUAAUCUCUGUUGAUGGCUCGGACAACGAGACAACAGAACCCCGGGAGGGCAGCUCCUACUCCAUGGGUGGACACACCCCUCCAGGACCAGCCCCUCCCACUUCUGCAGCCGCAGCCCCCCCCCCGCCACGGCCGGACAGUCCCCCCGCCCGUCACAGGAAGUCCCCCCACAAAGAGAACAGCCACAGGAAAGAGGAGAGCAAAAAGAACCACUUGGAGCCUCCGGCAGCCACCCCGGCCCGCUCCCAAGCCGACCCAGACUCAGAGCAUCGUUCUGGGGAGAACCAUCGCACCUCAGCUGGCCAAAGCUCCAGAUCUGUUAAGACGGAAACCCCUGACCUCGACUGCCUUGAUGACAAUGGUCCCAAGGCUAGACUGAUGCUGCGCUAUCCAGAUGGCCAGAGAGAGCAGAUCGCCCUAUCGUUCAAGGCUAAGCUUAUGGCUCUGGUGAGACACGUCCAGUCGAAGGGUUACCCCAAUGAACGCUUCGAGCUCGUCACAAACUUCCCCCGGCGGAAGCUGGCCCACUUGGACUAUGACAUCACACUGCAGGAGGCGGGGCUAUGUCCACAGGAGACUGUAUUUGUGCAGGAGAGGAACUAAGCCCCUGUCUUUUCUAUCUCUUCAGGCCACACCCAUAUCACCAAUUCCCCAGGAGGACGUUACAGACUGCAACCUUUUUGUUCUUUUUGAACAGUGGAUGGACUCCAUUAUCCAUCAUUUGACUGGGACGAAGCUGCUGGCUGUGUACUUUGUUAGAGGGCAUUUUGUUCAUCGUCAAUUACCGAAGGCAUUCUAUUCUGAUUUUAGUUUUAUUCUGAGGUAAUAAACCAAUCGGAGUAGAAUACAUUAGAGAUGCAGUUAGAAAUAAGCUGAGGGCCCGGAUAAUGAUCAGAGCUGGCAUUAGAGUUAGCAGACAAAAUACUUUUAUCCCCUGAGUUGUUAAUACUUAUUUUUUGAGUCAUGGACACCUACAGCCAGGUAAAGGAGGGGCUUGAACUCUGACCCUGAGCGCCGAUGGGUCCCAAAUUUGCUCUCCGCAUUGUUUGGGCGAGGAGCUUUUGCAGUAGUGACCGUGAGAAAGGGGGUGACUUUGAAUAUGGGAAUCAAUGAGGAGGGGAGGUGAGGGAUUUUUGGGGAGGGGGUGAGGUGUCCUUAACUGUCAACCUGCACUGUACAGGGGUGGUGUAGCGAUUGACAUGUAGUCUAGUUUUUUUCUUAUUUCAUUCAUUUUUUUAUAUGCUGCCCCAUUUCCAAGAAAAGAUGCUGAUGCUUAAAUAUAAUCAUCAAAACAAAGGGAA